GCCCACACUCUCCCACAGUGCAGGACCUCACCCACAGUGUGGGACCUCACCCACACCGUGGGAGCUCACCCACACUAGCGCCCAAGGGAGACCGUGGUGAGGGAGGUGUGGAGUACCCACCGCUGCUGUGUGGCGCCACAGCUCUACGCCACACUCAGGUGUGAGCUACGCUACCCGCCUGUGGCCAGUCGGUCUCGAAGCUUCACAGCGGAAGGACGUCAUCACAUGUUCUCUCGCUUCGCAUGAAUGGGAAGCGACCUGUAGACGCCAGGAUCCCAUAAAACCACCUCUCAGCACAGGGAGAAUACUCCAGUGAGCCACUAAAGUGUUGGAGCAUGGCAGGGGAGGCGGACACGAGGCUCCAGGAGAGCACAAUGGAGGUGCCAGAGGGGAUGCACCCCGCCUGCAAGUCUCGCCUGAUGCGGUGGCGUGUGGUGGGGGCGGUGCUGGCCUUCCUGGUGGUGCUGGGCUGGGUCUUCAUCAUCGUGGUGCUCAUCCUGAAGGAGAAGUGGCAGCUGGUGCUGGUGGCCUGGCUCCUCCUCUACUCGGCCGCCCACUUCUGCUACUGGUACUGCAAGCGCCAUAGCCUCCUCACCCUCCAUAGACAGAUCCGCCUGCGAGUGCUGGCCCACAUCCGGCCCGCCGAGGCCGGAGAGAAGCUCGACGAUUGUCCGCCUACUUACGACGAAGUGAUGAAGACGGAGGCUCCUCCCCCGGCCUACUUCACCGUCGUCACGGAGACCGUCAAGCUCGCCACACUGACGUCGGCGAUGUCCUCAGUCACUCCCCCGGUCUACGUGACCUCCGUCAGCAGCCAGCUGCAGCAGGCCGUUGGCGCAGCGGCACGGGAGUACCUACAGUGUCCCCCGGCGUACCAGAGCCCCAGGCACUUCCGGAGAAUCACGCCAAGAAUACUGCCCACCGUGCACGAGGCCCGGCUGCCCACUGACACUGCCGUCACUGCCACUGCCGCAGCCACGGCCGCCGUCACCGCUGCGGCAGCUCUUGCCGCAGUCUCUCACAUAGGGGGUGUUGCGGAUUCGGAAACGCUAGAGGACCCCAUCAGAGGCCCCAUCGUCAGGCACCUCCGGUCGACGACGAUAGCCACAAUGGAAGUCUCGUCAUCUGAAGAGGUCUCCUCUGGGCCCUCGACCUCCUCUCCGUCAGUAACAAGAAACGUCAAAGAUCAAAUUUGUGAAAUUGAUCAUCAAACGCCAUCUUCUGUCCAAAAUUGUCCCUAAUUGUUUGUAUAACAAAUUAUUAAUGUUUAAUAUAAUGUUGCGGGUGUUGACCAAUGUACAAAUUUGACGUAGAUUGCGACUAUGUACAAACAUGUGCCCUAUUCAUUACUAUGUAGUCACCAGCUCAAUGGCAAUCUUGUUACCAUGUAUUAUUAAGUAUAUUUUUUUAAGAGAAUAUAUGUGCCUGUGACUUCUUACUCAGUGUGAAAAGUUAAGCCAAUAUUCCAGUGUGAUAUUCGUAUUGAUAAGUAUGUUAUAUGUUUUACAUACUAAGCACAUAUUUGUUACCAUAAUAUAUAUAUAUAUAUGAAAAAUUAAAAA